AGUACUUCCUUGAAGCCUCGAAGAAAGCUUCAGAGAGUACUCAGAAGCCAAGCAAAGCUUCUGAGAGUACUCAGAAGCCAAGCAAAGCUUCAGAGAGUACUCAGAAGCCAAGGAAAGCUUUAGAGAGUACUCAGAAGCCAAGCAAAGCUUCAGAGAGUACUCUGAAGCCAAUUAAAGCUUCAGAGAGUACUCAGAAGCCAAGGAAAGCUUCAGAGAGUACUCAGAUACCAAGCAAAGCUUCAGAGACUACUCAGAAGCCAAGAAAAGCCUCAGAGAGUACUCAGAAGCCAAGCAAAACUUCAGAGAGUACUCAGAAGCCAAGGAAAGCUUUAGAGAGUACUCAGAAGCCAAGCAAAGCUUCGGAGAGUAUUCUGAAGCCAAUUAAAGCUUCAGAGAGUACUCAGAAGCCAAGGAAAGCUUCAGAGAGUACUCAGAAGCCAAGGAAAGCUUCAGAGAGUACUCAGAAACCAAGGAAAGCUUCAGAAUGGCUCGCUAAAGCUAUUCAAGAUGCAGCAGCUCUCGGAGCAAUGGGCACACGUCCCGGGUCAGUUAACCGAGUGACACUCCACUGUAGGUCCUCCUCGGACAUGGCGCUCUCAGAGUCGAGGUUCACCUUCCCAUUAAAUGCAAAUUAA